AUGAGGAGUGUGCCAAGCGUUGCCUGCGCUUUCCAGACGGUGUUUUACCUGUGGAGAGGUAAUUCCGUGGGUGCUGAGGUCACCAAUUACUCUAUUGCCGGGUUUACCACGGGAAACGAGAGCGAUACCACUAGACAAAACGAGUUUACCUCACAGUUAGGUCAGCUGGGUGCGCUAACAGGGCCCGGGCUCUCCCCACCGACUCCCCGCUUCCCAACGAGACCGGCCCCCGUGGAAACGGCCCCGCUCCCCGGCGAGGAGCCGCCCUGGAGCGGAGCAACCGGGACACGUUUCCGCGACAUCGGCCGAACGGCCCCGCCCGGAGGCGGGGGAAGAAAUUAUUACAAUCAAGGAGAGGUUCGUAAGAAGGAGCUAGAGCAGAGUUGUUUCCUGCUGGGGAUUCCUGCUUCUGAUGUAACAGUCAUUGAUCACAGGGAUCUCCCAGAUAAUCCUGCUGUUGAAUGGGACACACAGCUCCUCGCCAGCUUCGUGCUGGAGCACAUAGAAGCCAACAACAUCAACCUAGUGGUAACCUUUGAUGCGGGAGGAGUGAGUGGUCAUGCCAACCACAUUUCUCUUUACACUGCUGUAAGGUGCCUGCAUUCUGAAGGGAGGUUACCUGAAGGGUGCCAUGUGCUGGUGCUUGAAUCAGUGAAUCUCUUCAGGAAAUACAUCUCCAUCCUGGAUGUGCUGUUUUCGUGCCUCCUGCCCAGAGAUGUACUCUUCAUACUCACAGAGGAGGAGACUGAAAGAGCCAAGAGAGCCAUGCGGUGCCAUCGCAGCCAGCUCCUCUGGUUCCGCCACAUCUACCUGCUCUGCUCACGGUACAUGGUGAUCAACUCACUCCGCCUCCUGUAG